CUGCAGUUCCCAGACUUGGGAUGGGAACUGCAGGUUGAUGAGCUUUGGGCCUGGGAUCUUAAUAACCAUAUAUUAAUGGUUUCAGGACUUGGAACACAGAGGGGUCAUAGUAGCCCUUAAGAUUCCAUGGGGGAAAGCUUCAAUGUCUUGCCACUGAUCCCAGGCUUGAUGACAGUCCGUCAGUUGCUCAGCCAGUCACGCGUGGAUUAAGAGUUGGCACGCCUGCCUGUUCGGGCCUUGGCGCUCACGCUGCUCACUCUCCACCUCCAUUCCCCACCCCGCCAACUCUCCAGGGUACAAAGUACAGCCGGGACUCGCGGGCGCAGCUGUUCCAAGCCGCGCAGCCUAAUCUUUCCCUAGUGAACACCUACAUGGAUUUCCAAUACCGCGCCUGGCAGGUUCCGGAGGGAGUGCUAGCCUCCUCCUGAGCUCUCUGCCCUUCAUCCUGAUUUCUACUGUCGAUAUUCCUAGGCUAGGUGAAGGGAGCUCAGAGAACUACAAGCUUUGUUAGAGAGUCGCAAUGGUUCACUCGGUUCCCCUGAACACUCCCUGCUGCAGAGUGGGGGACUACGAUCUUGUAACUCAGCAUCCCUUUAAACACAUCACUCUGGUCCUUCGUGCUCAUAAUGCUAUUGGUUUAGGUCUGGUUUCCACGGCUCAGUGUUUGCGUGGGCACUUGUGCAGCGGCCAGCCCCAAAGGGAGUUGGACCUCGCAAAGAACAUCAGAGCGCCGCCAGACCUCACAGGCACUUGGCAAGGGCCACCUGGAGACAUCGACUUGGGCAUCUGAAGGCCUGAAAUCUCCAGGUACAGGUUUGAAGAACUGGCAAGCAGCAAAGGAGCUGCUGACGCGAUGGUGCUGCUUAUUAAUCAUUCAUCAGUCCAGAGUCAUUCCACUUAGAGCUCUGGGCUCUAGACUCUUGGCCUCUCCUCUCCUCUGCACUCACCAGGACCCCCAGAACUGCAAGAGACAGCGCUCAAGCAAGCUGCCGCUGGGUGAUGCUCCGGGCGGCCUCAGUCGGAGCCGCGCUCGCCACAGCUGCUGCGCUCUGCCGGGUGGCGCCAGGCGGCGGGGAGCUGUGAGCUUGGAGCCUUGAGCCUAGGGAGGGCGCAGGCAGCAAGGGCGCAAGGUGAGCGCCCCAGCCGGCAGCCGCACCAGCCCUCUUCAGCUGGGAUGUUCCCCAAUGGCACCGCCUCCUCUCCCUCCUCUUCUCCAAGCCCCAGCCCAGGCAGCUGCGGGGAAGGAGCCUGCAGCAGGGGCCCGGGGUCCGGCGCUGCGGACGGCAUGGAGGAGCCUGGACGAAACGCUUCCCAGAACGGGACCUUAAGCGAGGGCCAGGGUAGCGCCAUUCUCAUCUCUUUCAUCUACUCCGUGGUAUGCUUGGUGGGACUGUGUGGGAACUCCAUGGUCAUCUAUGUGAUCCUGCGAUACGCCAAGAUGAAGACUGCAACCAACAUCUACAUUCUAAACCUGGCCAUUGCUGAUGAGCUGCUCAUGCUCAGCGUGCCCUUUCUGGUCACUUCCACGCUGUUGCGCCACUGGCCCUUCGGCGCACUACUUUGCCGCCUGGUGCUCAGCGUGGAUGCGGUCAACAUGUUCACCAGCAUCUACUGUUUGACUGUGCUUAGUGUGGACCGCUAUGUGGCUGUGGUGCACCCGAUCAAGGCAGCGCGCUACCGUCGGCCCACUGUGGCCAAAGUAGUGAACUUGGGCGUGUGGGUCCUGUCCCUACUGGUUAUCUUGCCCAUCGUGGUCUUCUCACGCACAGCAGCCAACAGCGAUGGCACGGUAGCCUGCAACAUGCUCAUGCCCGAGCCCGCCCAGCGCUGGUUGGUAGGCUUCGUCUUAUACACAUUUCUCAUGGGCUUCCUGCUGCCUGUCGGGGCCAUCUGCCUGUGUUAUGUGCUCAUCAUUGCCAAGAUGCGCAUGGUGGCCCUCAAGGCCGGCUGGCAGCAGCGCAAGCGCUCAGAGCGUAAGAUCACUCUGAUGGUGAUGAUGGUGGUGAUGGUUUUUGUCAUCUGCUGGAUGCCUUUCUACGUGGUACAGCUGGUCAACGUGUUCGCAGAGCAAGACGACGCCACCGUGAGCCAGUUGUCUGUCAUCCUCGGCUAUGCUAACAGCUGUGCCAACCCGAUCCUCUAUGGCUUCCUGUCGGACAACUUCAAGCGCUCUUUCCAGCGCAUCCUGUGCCUCAGCUGGAUGGAUAACGCUGCGGAGGAACCAGUCGACUACUACGCCACUGCCCUGAAGAGUCGUGCCUACAGCGUGGAGGACUUCCAGCCAGAGAAUCUGGAGUCUGGAGGCGUUUUCCGUAAUGGCACCUGCGCUUCCAGGAUCAGCACACUUUGAGCCCGGGCACUGCCCGGAGGGGGAGAAUGGUCAGAAAGGUGAAGCGCGGAAGCAGGUGGGAGGAAAUGAUAACGGGACACCAGGUGCUGUGGUAGUAGUGCCUGACAGCAAUGCAGCGUGUCUGGUUAGCUGGACCUAGGAAAGCUGUGUGACUAAGGUAAAAGGGAGAGAUUUGCGGAUUAACCGCGAAUGCCUUCAGGCCAUCUGGUAUUCUGAGCAACUCUGUUCUCCAAACUCAGUAACUUGCAUCCUCCCUCCCAAUUCUGCUAGUAUAAACUGCAAACUUAAUGUCGCCAGCUCAGUUUGACCCUUACCCUCUCAAGCUGAUAUUUCUGCUUCUUUUAAGCUGAGCCACGGUUACCAUCACGUGUUUCCUUGCGCUGAACCCUGUUCGCUGCGCAGGUCAGCGGGCCAGACUCUUUUCAGAGUGGCUACCAGACUGUCCCCAAUCACUGCUCUCCUUUUCGCAAGCCUUACUGUCAAGGAAGCCCAGCUCGAGGAUGGCCAGGCAACUGAUCUUUUCUACUCUCAGAGAAGGCACAUCUUCCCCUGGGCCCUUCCUCUGCUCCACUCCAUCCCGAGCAGAGCUGGGUGCUUAAGAAAAGGUCUUGUGCCCAGAUCGCCAGACUUGGUAUAGUCCCACCCACAUCCUCCUUUGGAGCAAAGAAGGAGCUCGGAGCAAGCAGAAGGGCAAGUUUGUAAGAUUCCUGGGUUGUGGGUGUGGGUACCAUAGAAGCCACGCUCCCACAGAGCUCAGGACCUGAGCAUUAGGCUCCAAAGUCCCAGCUAGGGGAGCUCCUGGCUGCUGAAUAACUUAGGCACCCUGGAGACUGGACCUGAAUUGCAAAGCAGUUCCUCUUAGAGUCCUCCUUAGAGUAACAAAAGAUUAGGUUGCCUGCUCCAAUGUAAAUUUCUAGCUCCUGCUCCAGUGACAAACUGCGGAGCCUUUGCCAAAGCUGGAUGGGCAGCUUCAGCUUGUCGGAUCCCUGAAGUUUUCUGCCUUUCAAGCGGUGCCUAUUAAGUUAUUUCUUGUUCAAUAUAUUUAUUUAUUUAUUUGUGGCGUUGAAAAAAAAGUGUGUUUCCACUUUCUUUCUCUGUAUUUGCCUAACAGGGCUGUUCUUGGGAAUCCUGGGGGCGUGGCGGUGUGGAAGGGAGCAGGGUGGAGAAUGUUCUCCUCUGCUCGCUGCCCCAAGAGCCCCUCAGAAGUUUGUCUCUCUUUAGCUCCACUCGCCUUUACUCAAUCCUUCCUGGUUUUGCUUGUGUCCAGUGAAGUUUGGCGAUUUUAAAAUAUAUUUUUUACAGUAGUUUUUGUCUUGCUAAAAUAAGUAAAUGGCAAUUUGGGUUAAUUUUUGUCGGUGCGGAGUGAAAGGCCUGAAUCCCUGGCAUCCCAGGAAACAGGGGAACAAAUCACAAGGUCUGUGAUGUGUGUGUGUGUGUGUGUGUGUGUGUGUGUGUGUGUGUGUGUGCUGCUAUGCACAAGUCACAUACAUAGCAUAUAUGUGUACACACACAUAUAUAAAGAGAGAUUUGUUAAUCUUGACAAACUGUCACUAGUCCAUGAAACAAUUAUAAGGACACCCCCAAUGUGACAAGUGUGACCUGAGCUGUAGCACUCAUUCUCUCAGAUCUGAGAAAUGUCAGAGACUCUAGUCACUGCUGGGGACACUGCUGCCUUUUUCUAUCCCAACAAAGGUGAUUCUCACAUAGACCCAGUAAGGGCAGUCACUCCUGUUGAGGAGUGGAAGUGAAACAAUUAUGUCUGCAUUUCUGACUACAGUUGAAACCCAAGCAGGACAAGGACCCAUCUUUUCACUCCUUUGCAUUUGCUGUAUUCUUGAGUAUGCUGGUUUGUAUAUAGGACCACUGAAAAGAGCUUGCUUGGCUGUUUAAGGAAACCAGUGUAUAUCAAUGGUCCUGGAACAGUGAACCUGGGGUUCACAGGUUCACACCGACCUGACACACAAUGGUUGAAUGCACUAUUGAAAAAGAUGUUUUGUGUACAUUUGCUUCAAGAACAUCAUGCUUUUCUAAAAGCAGUAACCAAGAGUUAAACUGUCUCUUAUGUUUUAUUUAAAUAAAUGAACAAACAUGCUUUUGAUCGUAAGUGAGAAAGUUUAGAUGUUUUCCUAAGAAUAGCAUAUAUAUAUACAUAUAUAUAUGUAUAUAUAUAUGCUUUUCUGUUGAAUAGAUUUUUUUAAUCGUUAAGAAGAGUGAACUUUAUAAACUGAAAUCUCCAUCAUUAUCAUCUUAACAGGAUAAAAAUGUAGUGUUCUUAACCUGUAAUUGUAACUGAAUAAACAGAUGUAUUAAGCUGUU